GCGACCCCCCAUCACCCGAACGGCCGAACCCCUCGCGCUCCCGCACCCGCUCUUGUGCCAAUGACGCCCGCCGCCGCCGCCACCACCUCCUUCGCCGCCGCCGCCACCGUCGCGGCGCCCACAGCCCCGUUCCGCGCCUGCGUCCGACUUCCGCUCCGCGGGGGCCCCGGUGCUCCUCGCCGCGCCGUCGCCUCGAUGGCCGUUUCCACCCCGAGGUCCGCCGCCGCCGCCUCGUUCCUCGAGCGCCGCGAGUCCGAGCGCGCCCUCCACUUCGUCAAGUACCAGGGCCUGGGAAACGACUUCAUCAUGGUGGACAAUCGGGAUUCGUCUGUGCCGAAGGUGACUCCUGAGGAAGCGGCGAAGCUGUGCGACCGGAACUUCGGCAUUGGCGCCGACGGCGUCAUCUUCGUCAUGCCGGGGUCCAAUGGCGCGGACUACACUAUGAGGAUCUUCAACUCCGACGGCAGCGAGCCGGAGAUGUGUGGUAAUGGAGUCCGUUGCUUUGCUCGGUUUAUAGCUGAGCUUGAAAACCUGCAGGGAACACAUAGCUUCACGAUUCAUACUGGUGCUGGACUGAUCAUUCCUGAAAUACAAAGUGAUGGGCAGGUAAAGGUUGAUAUGGGCGAGCCCAUCCUUUCUGGACCAGACAUCCCCACAAAACUGCUAGCUACCAAGAACAAAGCUGUUGUCCAAGCUGAAUUGGAUGUUGAGGGCAGAACAUGGCAUGUAACAUGUGUUAGCAUGGGCAACCCUCACUGUGUCACAUUUGGUGCGAAGGACUUAAAGCAGGUCUUGCAGGUUGAUGAUCUAAAGCUUAGUGAAAUCGGGCCUAAAUUUGAGCAUCAUGAAAUGUUUCCUGCUCGCACCAACACAGAAUUUGUACAGGUUUUGUCUCGCUCACACCUCAAAAUGCGAGUUUGGGAGCGCGGUGCUGGAGCAACUCUCGCUUGUGGUACUGGUGCUUGUGCAGUUGUUGUUGCUGCUGUUCUUGAGGGCCGAGCUGAGCGGAAAUGCGUAGUUGAUUUGCCUGGUGGACCAUUGAAAAUAGAGUGGAGGGAGGAUGACAAUCAUGUUUACAUGACUGGUCCGGCAGAGGCCGUCUUUUAUGGAUCUGUUGCUCACUAGGUACUGGGGACCAAGACAGAAGGGUUAGCUACCCACUGAGAGCUUGUGAGAUUGGUUACAACAGAAUGUUCUGGUACCAGUACACCCGUUCAGAUAUUCUUAAUUAUGGUUUCUUAAUUUGGGCAGCAUUAGAGGCUUCCUUGUCAAGUAUUCUAGUGUUGUUCACCUUUUGUACUCUUACUCUGUCAGGUUUGAACACUACGUUGGUAGCAUACCUGUCCAACCAUUUUCUGUUUCUUUUCUUUGGCAAUAAGCGGAUGUCAAUGUGUAGUUUCAGUAUUGCUGCCUACAGAUCUAUCUUGAUAUACUGCAGCAUGAUUUGGCUUACUAGUUAAUUGCUGAGAUGAAUGUUGCCUAUUUA